UAAGUUUCCGUACUUCCGCAAAAGACGAGUGUUUUCAGAUACUUCAGUGUCAAAUAUCAGCUCUCAACUGCAGCAUUUUCAAGGGCUUGAGUGUUUGAGUUCUUAUUGUUCGAUGUAGUCAAGCGUUUCAAACGACAAGUUAUUUUCUGUAUUAGAUCCAUUGCACGUAAUUAGUUUAACCGUGGAAACUCUUCUGGUCAAGAGCGCGGACGCUGGUGAUUAUCUCCAACAGAGGUGAUUUUUCUCUAUACCCUCCAUUGUUCAGGUGAAACGCAGAAUUCGAGAAAUGUUUUGAUCGUGCAAGUUGUGAAUGAAGUUUAACAUGGGUUGAUAUCGUGCUAGAUGUAAAGGUGGAAGAUAAACGUGGACCUACAUUUUUCACUUAGGGUUCCUCUGAAAUCGCUAUCAAAAAACUUCCGGUUCGGCUACUCUUUACUGUUUAGCAUAACGAAGCAUAAGUGGGAUUGACGUAAGUUUCAACCUUAUAAAUGCGGAAUUUUUGUUUCUUUUGAAGGCAAAUCGAGAAUUAGUGUCGUCCUUUUGGAAAUCUCAAAAUUUCGACGCUGCUGCCGCACUGAGAAUCCUCGAGUAUUCAAAAUUGAGUUUGUACCCAAGCAUAGCGUCGUAUUCAGGUUCCGAUUUGCAAUGGAUCUUCGUUGUAUUUCUGUCAUUUUGACCACACUAUCUUGCAUUAAUUGUCUGAAACUUUUGAUUAUCUAUCCGACCCCGUCCUACAGUCAUCAGCGAGCGAUCCUCGCCUUGUCAGAGAGACUUCUGAAAGAUGGCCAUGAGAUAUUUUCCAUCAGCCCAAACGUUGUACCGGGAAUGGCGAAUAAUAGCAACUACACCCACGUGGACUUAUCGUUUUCAUACGAAUACUUUUCAGAAAAAAAAGGUGAUGACACUGUAAACUUACAGCAGCGCAUUUCUAGAUGGGACCUUCCUAAAGUUAUGGAAAACUUUGCGAAAGUGACUAAACGACAGUUUCUCAGUGAGCCAGUUAAGAAUUUCGUAAGGCGAGUAGAGACUGAGCGCAUUAAAUUCGAUCUCAUAAUCAUAGAGACAUUCUACGUCCCAUACUCAUCUUUACUAAAGCCUCUCAUAGGAUCCGUGCCAACUAUCUCCAUGGCAACGGUGACCCAAGACUUUUUAGGGGAGGAUGCCUUGGGAUCUAUCACGCACUUUUCUUACUUGCCCGCUCUCUUCAAUGGAUACGGGCCGCAAAUGACUUUGCUGGAGAAACUUGAUAACUGGUUUUUCACGUACCACUUCGGAUCGCAAGAACUGGAAGUCUUGGAGGCAGCUGCGAGAAGUUACUUCAACGAGGUUUUCGGGCCGGGGGGCGAGAAAUUGGUGGACGGAUGUUGGAGCAAUGUUGAAAUGCUUUUGCUAGCCUCAAACUCGCUUUAUUACUAUCCCAGAGCACUGACACCGAACAUCGUCGAAAUUGGGCCGCUGCAUUUGAAAACCCCCGAUAAAUUACCCAAGAAUCUGCAAGAUUGGUUGGACGGAGCAGAGAAAGGGGUCAUUUAUUUCAGUCUUGGAAGUAACAUGAAGAGUAAAUCUCUUCCUGAAGACGUGCGAGAGAAUUUCUUGAAAUUUUUCAAGCAGCUGCCGCCGGGCUAUCGAGUGCUGUGGAAAUGGGAGUUGGACACUAAAAUUCCUGGCCAGCCUGAAAAUGUCCUUACCCAAAAAUGGAUGCCCCAAGAUAGCGUGUUAAAUCAUCCAAAAGUGAAGGUGUUCAUAACUCAAGGAGGUCUGCAGAGCUUCCAAGAGGCGGUGCACUUUGGAGUUCCAACUGUUGGCAUCCCCUGGUUCGGUGAUCAGGAAUGCAAUGUCGCGAAAAUGGUGGACGCUAAAAUCGGGGUCCAAAUACUCCCGCAUGAACUCCAUUCGUACGACAAAAUCAAAUCAGCGCUGGGGGCUGUUCUGUUCAAUGAAAAGUAUCUAAAGAACAUGAAACGACAUUCGGCCAUAUCUCACGAUUUCACAGCUCGAGGCAUAGACCAAGCCGUGUUUUGGAUUGCACACGUCGCUAGACAUGGUGGAGCGUCUCAUCUAAGGCCGGCAACUGCUGAUACCACUCUCUUCCAAUAUUUUUGCCUGGAUAUUAUUUCUGUGAUCAUAGUUUUUAGUUUAUUUGUCUUAGGCAUUGUUGCUUUUAUCAUAAGAUCGUUAGUAUCAGUAUUUCUUCAAAUGAAACCAUCCAAAACCAAAACGCAGUGAAUCUGAAAUGUAUGCGGGAAAACAUUAUAUCACUCAAAAAAAUAGACCAGCGUAUCUCAAUGACCGAAUUUCUGAUCAAUCUACUCUUUUUUCCACCCUGUCAUGGUCCUCGAGGAAUUUAAUCGCUAUAAAUCCAGUUGAUUUUUAUA